AUUAAAUAAUAAUAUAAAUAAAAAAAGGUUACUGCAAGUUAAUAUGGCUUCUUCAGCGAAAAAGGUAGCAUUUUAUAAAGAUGGAGAUGUACAUUUCUCUGGUGUAAAUUUGACAGUUGGUGAAAGAAAGUAUGCCAAUAUCGACUCGUUGUUCGAUGAACUAAGCCGAAAAGUACCACUGCCAUUUGGCGUUCGUACAAUUUACACGCCCGGUGGGCAUAAUCAAGUUAAAGGGUUAAAUGAUUUAAAAGACGGCCAAGGAUAUGUUUGUUCAUCAAAUAAAAAAAUAAAAAAAUUAAAUUACGUAAACAGACCAAGUCGAAAACCAUUUUUAAUUUCAUCACGAGUUUCUGUUAACAACCAGUCGCCGUCAUCUCAACGCGCAAAAUCAAAAGAAGACGAGCAACCACUUUUUACACAAAGGUACAAAACUCGAGCCAUAACUUUCGUCGCUAAGGAAAAUUCAGAAAAUACCGCUAGAUAUCUAAUAUCCUCGAAAGUUACGAAAUUGGAUACAGUUUUAAAAGAAGCAAGCGAUUUAUUAAAGCUGGAUUAUGGACCUGUUCAAUCGCUUUGUUCUAUUGAAGGAAACCAGAUUUCAACUGUCGACGAACUAUUUCAAGGUAGAAGUACUUUCAUUGCAUAUGGAAGGCUUGAUAAGUCAAGCUCGGCACGAAGCCUCCCUGUAGAAGCAAAUAAAAGUCGACCAAUUUCUGAUUUUUACGACGAAUCAGCUUCAUCAAGGAAGAAAAAGAGGGCAACUGGUAAGGCAGGAAAGACUGAAAAUGCAAACGGAAGUCCAGCGACGAAAUCAAAAAAUUCACCACGAAAACCAAUCCGUAAAUAUGUUCAAACAGCAGAAGAUGACAAUGACCAAAUGGUUGAAACACAACGUGGGGACACAUUAUGGUUGGUGACUGUGAAAACAAGUGACAUCGAGGACGCUGGCAGUGACAAUACAGCUUACAUUACAUUGUAUGGAGACAAAGGGAAAACAUCGGAAAUUAAUUUAGGAGUACCUGCACACACGCAAGGAUACUAUAGAGAUUCAAUUAAUGAAGCUGAAAUAAAAGUUGAAGACGUCGGUAACUUGUACAAGAUAAGGAUUGGUCAUGAUGAUGACGGAGUGUCUGUGGGUUGGCACUUAGAAAAUGUUUUACUGACCAACUUGGAGACUAACAAAGAAUAUAGCUUUGAUUGCAACGAAUGGCUUUCUCGUGAAAAAACUGAUGGCGAAAUUGUGAGAGAGUUUGCCAUAAAGAAAGAUGGUGAUGAGAAAAAGCCACAAAAUGUUACGUAUGAAGUCACCGUGUACACUGGUGAUCGAGUUGGAGCUGGUUCAGAUGCGAAUGCAUUUAUUAACAUUGUUGGAGAAAAUGGAGAUACAGGGAAACGAAAGCUUGCGAUCUCUUCAAACGAACUUCCAAUGCAGAGGGGAGGGGUUGAUGUUUUCAGUGUCAAAGCAAUCUCACUUGGCUUUCUCACUCACGUGGUCAUAUCACAUGACAAUAAGGGACAAGCGCCUGGAUGGUACCUAGAAAAAAUCAAUAUAAAGGAAACAGACAAUUUCAUGGAAUACUCUUUCCCUUGCAACAAUUGGUUGGACGCAAAGAAAGGCGACAAAAAAAUUGAACGUGUUUUGGAACCAGAAUCAGCUGCAACAGGUAAUCGAGACCCGUCACCUGUCCCAGAAGAUAAAGCAUCAGAACACAUGCAAGAGUUGCCAGUCGAUAACAAAUUAGAAGCAGAAAGCGAAGUAAAAGUUAUGUCAAAGCUAUCUGGUAAAGCUUUAUGUUACAAUAAUAAAAACCAAAAACUUCAUGGAACUGGUCAGGGAAAACAUUGCUGUUCAUGGACGAUCGGUGACGGUAAAGACAUGAACACGCGUCUGUUAUUCUCUGUUAAUAACUCUGGUUACCUAGCAAUUGAUGAAAAUAGGGUAGAGUUAACUAAGGGUAAUCCCGGUCUGCUAAAUGAAUUUUAUGUUUCAAUGAAUGAUGAUGGUCAGACGUCAUUUGAGAGUGUGGUGUACAGUGGUAUCUUCUUGGGAUGCGAUGAAAAUGGUCAAAUUGCAAUUGCCAGUGACACCGUGGAAAACAAAUGGUUUAACCUGAAAACGAAGGGCAGCAUACGAGAUAACACCCAAGUUAAUAUUACGUCAUCCAAAACCGGCGGAGUGUUGAAGGACGCCGAUGGUUUAACGUUUGAUAAGAAUAAUGCAGAAUCGGAAAGUUUGUUCGUCAUUAAAAAAAUUGGUCCUGGUAUUCGCGCUUUGCGAAAUAAAUCAAGUGGAAAAUAUAUUCAAGUAUCAGGCUCUGACACAGUUCAAAGCAAGGAAGGAAAAGCUAAAGAAAAACCAUGCUGGUUUAAAAUCUCGAAAAAAGCUGAUGGCGAUACGUUUCAACUUGAGUCAUGUUAUAAGCCAGGCUUUUAUCUCUGCACGAAAAAAGACAAGUUGGUUUUAUCUGAUACCAGUGACGAUAUUGGAAGUAGUUUUAUAUUUAAAGUGAUCAAAGGCGGGAAACAAAACGACGGGAAAGACAAAGAGGAAGAAUGUGAACUUGAAGCUGAAAAAGAAGAAAUUCCCCAUGAAGAAAAAAAAGGUGAAGAAAAUGAAGACAACGCUAAAGAUAAUGCUCUAGACAGUGACAAUGACACCCUAGACUCAUCUGAUGACGAGAUAGAAGAAACAGAGCUACUGUAUCGCGAUGAGGAAUUCUUCUCUCCAGACGACUCUUCCUCUUCUGACGAAUCGGAUGACGACGACAAAGCGGACGAAGGCGAUGACGAGGACAAUAAUAAAAAAGUUGACGAAGAAGAAGAAGAACAGAGUAACGAACAACCCACAAAAGAAGAUAUAAAUGAAGAAGAUAAAGGGGAAGAAAAAGAGCCAGACAAAGUAGUCGAAGAUGUUGAAGACGCAACUAAAAGUGAAGACAAAGUUGAAGAUGACGAAGCUAUUAUCAAAGAAUCCAAAGAAGGUGAUGAGGACAUACCAGAGGAGGAACUGGAAGUCCAGGAAGACCAUCCAGACAGUCAAGAGAAUCAGGAAGACCAUGCAGAAGAUGAAAUCAUUGAAGAAGAGCCGCAGACAGAAGCACACCUUGGUGUUAAAGAAGCAGAAGUAAAAGACGACAAAGCGGAAAGUGUCAUCAACGUUGAUCCUGACGAACAGACUGCUGAUGAAGACAAUUUAGAUGUUGAACCAUCCACCAAGGAUGAAAAAAUAGAAGGAGAGUAUAACUCACAAGAAGAUGUCUCAAAAGUGACUGAUGGAGAUGGAGAAGAAAAAGUAGACCAUUCAGAGGCGGACGAAGUUAGUCCCGCUGACCAAGAAGUAGCAGAUAAAGAUGUGGAAGAUAAUACAGAAGACGCGGACGAAGAUGAGAAAGAUGAAGUUUCUGAUGAUGUGAAAGUCAAUGAAGUCAUAGACGAAGAUGACGACAAAGAUGAGAACGACGAGGAUAAGGACGAGGUCGAAGAAGGUAAAGAUAAAAAUUCUAAUAAAGCUGAAGAAAUUGAACCCUCACAUCAGACCGAUUCCUUAAAGACAGUUGGGGAUACAGAAGAAAUAGAAGACGAGACAGAGAAAGAUGUAAAUGGUGGAGGUAUUGAUGGCACAGAACAAGAUGAAAGCGGAAAAGAAAAGGAUAAUGAAAAUGAAAUUAAACAGCAAGAAAGUGAGAAAGCACCAACUCCUGUUUCAAGACCUCAGUCUAUGAAGCGAGUGGUAACUCCACAGCCUUCGUCUUCCCCAAUUUUAUAUUCCCCCGUACCUCCUUCUACUGCUAAACCUGCUUCAAGAAGAACUCCACCGUUGCGAACAACGUCCGUUUUGGCUGAACCUGUGGGGCGACCACUAUCAUCUGGACGACCAAGCACUGCACCAUAUCCAAAUAGCGCACGACAAAUCGAGAACAUAAAAGCAGAUGAAGAAUGCUCCAAACCAGAAACUGUAGCUGGUGUCGAACCAGAGGAAGAAGGUACCACAGCGGAAGAUAAGGUGGUGGUAGAAGAUGAAGAAAACAAGAAUGAAGUGGAUCAACAGAAUGGCGAUGCUGUUGAAGAAGACAAAGACAACGCAGCAAAGGAAGGCGAAACUGAAGGAGAAGUUGAAGAAAAUAUGUCAAAGGAAGGAGAAAAAGAAAAUGAAAUUAAAGAAAAACAGCCGUUGGAAAAUGACAAGCUUCAGGACGACGAAAGUGACAUUCCUAAAGAUAAAGAAGAAAAAGUACAGGCAAACGAUGAAACCAAAGAAGAGGAAAAAAUGAACGAUAAAACUAACAAGGAAGAAGUGAAAGAACCAAAAGAAGAUGAAAAUGAAAAAUCGCAAGAAGAAAAUGCAGACCCAACUGAAGAAGUUCCUGUAGAAGAGAAGGAAAACGCCGAACCGGACAAGGAAAUUGCCACAACGGAAGGUAUGCGCGAAAAGAAGAAAGACGAAACGGAAAGGGAAAGGGAAAUCGGUGCACCAGAAGACACGCAAAAAAAGAAGAAAGACGAACCGGAAAGAGAAAUUGGUGUAGCGGAAGAUACGCACGAAGAGGAAAAAGACGAACCGGAAAGAGAAAUUGGUGCAGCGGAAGAUACGCACAAAGAGGAAAAAGACGAACCGGAAAGAGAAAUUGGUGCACAGGAAGACACGCAAGGAGAGGAAAAAGACGAACCGGAAAGAGAAAUUGGUGCAGCGGAAGAUACGCACAAAGAGGAAAAAGACGAACCGGAAAGAGAAAUUGGUGCAGCGGAAGAUACGCACAAAGAGGAAAAAGACGAACCGGAAAGAGAAAUUGGUGCAGCGGAAGAUACGCACGAAAAGGAGAAAGACGAACCGGAAAGAGAAAUUGGUGCAGCAGAUGAUACAAAAGAAGAACCGGAAAAAGAAAUCGGUACAUCGGAGGACACACAAGAAGGGAAGAAAGAUGAACCGGAAAGUGAAAUUGGUGCAGUAGAAGAUGCAAACGAAAAGGAAAAGGAAGAACUGGGAAAAGAAAUUGGUGCACAGGAAGACACGCAUGAAAAGGAAAAAGAUGAAUCCGGAAGAGAAAUUGCUGCUGUCGAAGAUACGCACGAAAAGGAAAAAGAUGAACCGGAAAGAGAAAUUGGUGCAGCGGAAGAUACGCCUGAAAAAGAAAAAGAUGAACCGGAAAGAGUGGUAGAGAAAGAAGCAGAAAAAACUGAUACAGCGGAAAAUAAAAUAGAAAACAACGAAACACAAAAACAAGAUGAUAAACCAGUAGACAGCGAGACAAACGACAGGAACACAGAUGAAAACAGUAAAGAUAAGGAAGACGGCACUGAAUCACAUGAUGAAAAGAAAGAAGAAUCCCAAAAUGUUCAAAAUGAGCAAAAUAAAGACCAGGGAAAAAACGAACAAGUACCUAUAAACAAUAAUAACGAGGUAUUAUCACAAGAAAAACCUGAAAACGAAGACGUCGAAACGAAACAAACGACCGACGAUAAGGAUACAGAAGAACCAGUUAGAGUUAUAGGCGGCGAGGUGGAGAACGAAGAGAAAAAGGAGGAGUAGAUUGUGAUAAACUUGCCUUCCCUUUUUGUUGAUACCUCAAAUUCAACAAUUUCGUAAACAUAGGAUUUUCAAUUAUGCUCUUUUUUAUGCUUGUUAUAUCAUGGGUAUAGCACGAAAUUUUCGCACGAUAUAAAGUUUAUUAAAACUGCAAGUAUGAACGGUGUCAAUUGUCAAAUGGAAAUAAAAAUAAAAAUCUGUUUUUUGUGUCUCUUCUUUCUUAAAAAACAAAUUCUCUUUCGAGACUUUGAUUUCCCUACAAAUUAAGUUUGUUCCUUAAGAGAAUUAACUUAUAAUAUAGACAAAGUGCAUGCUUGAUCACUCAGAAUUUAUUUAUUAGAAAAAUUGUAUAUAUCAUUGAAUUGUUUUGUAUAUUUUAACUAUUUAUUAUGGAUA